AUGGCAAAAUGUUUGGUCAAGAUCCGGACUCAACGAAGCCUCCACUUGCACAUGAUGAACCACUGCAGCAGUAAUGUGUUUGUCCGUCUGCUAAAACAUGGCUCCAAGGUCAUACCUCGAAAUACUGGUGUUCCACUGCCUAAAGUGGAUGUUACUGAACCCUUGAUUGCCAACUCAGAAGAGAAUGGAACUCAGUGGGCAGAUCCUCUGAGUGAAGAGGAAGACAGUGUAGAAGAAGACCUCUUGACCAUCUCUGAACUAGCAUACAAUCCCAGUGCCAGGCUGUUCCAUACGCCAGUGGAUGACAAUGAAAUAGAUGUGCUCUUUGACUGUUCAUCUAGGCUCAAGUUAGAAAGAGAAGAUACAGAUUCCUUUGAGGAACUGGAAUCAGAUGAAAAUACCCUUUUGAUGGCUGAAGAGGAGGAGCUGAUGGAAACUCGUAAGGCUGUGUCAUGGAGUUACUCCAUCCUGACUGGCCGUAUAUGGGCCAACCCCAUAGUCAAGUGUUGCACCAGGCUCCUUGUGGUGGGCCUGGGACUGCUGCUGUUUGUAUUUCCCCUGAUCCUCCUCCUUUUGGAGUCAGGUAUUAAUCUCUUUUUCUUAUGCAAAAACCAGAAUUUGAGCAGUUUCACUAUGAAUACUAUUGUCCCCUGA